CCUUGCUGAGUUCCUUGCAUCCAAUAUUUCAAAUUUAUAGUGAAUAUUACAAAAUGACCAUCACAAAAGUUUGCUGAUGUCUGCAAAUCACAACCUACAUUCAGUGGAGGGCAUGCAAUCGACAGUGAUAAAGAUGAACAAUCAAUGACCCCUUUACAGAUGUCUGCAUUACACCCUCCACUAUGUUCCAUUCAUAAUAAGGCUCUACAAUUUUUCUGCUAUGUUUGCAAUAUUCCAAUAUGUAUAUGCACUGCACAAUUACUGACCAAAGUGUAGGGGAAGGCAAUCACGAACCUAUUAGAAUUUCUAAAGCGUUCCAGAAAUGAGGGCAGCAGAUUGUAUGACAUUAAGUGGAGAGGAAUCUGUGACCCAAAGUCAGACAAUUGUUAUCAAAGUAAUUAAAACUGAUGAAUGUAAUGUACAUGCAAAUCAACUAACGGCAACAUGGACACAGCCUACAGGAGAAACCUACGUCACACAAGUUGAAGACGAUAACAAAGGAAAUUAUUUUGUGAGAGGAAAAUUCACAAGUCCAGGUGUUUGUAAACUAGAUGUGAGUGCUGAUGGUGAACCAAUCAAGCAGUCACCAAUGAUAAUCAAAAUAGAGAAGGAAGGAUUAGUAAAUACCAUUCAAGUACAUGUUGAUAGAAAUCUUAGUCAUGUAGUAAAGCAUGGCGGUUUCUUGCUAGUUUCAGUAUUUAUAAAUGAAAUACUAGUAUACAAGCAAUCAGGAAAAUAUAUUGGUACAGUUAUACUACCACAAGGUGUGGUAGUUGACAGAAUGUACAAAAUGAAGAAUGGUUCCCUAGCAUUCAGUGAUACGUAUACAUGCAUCAAAGUAUGCGAUAUGAAUGGUCAGGUGAUCAAAUCAAUUGGUCAGGGAUUACUUAUAGAUCCAUCUGGUAUUCAUGUGCAUAAGACAUCAAAUAUUGUGUAUGUAGGAGAUAGAUAUAGAGGCUGUGUGUUAAUAUUUGACAUUGGUAGUGGAGAGUUCAAAGGAAGCAUUGGGUCACAAUGCAACAGAGGUCAAAUGAGUGGAGUCAUAGAUGUUACUAUUACAAAUAAAGGACACAUUCUUAUAUUAGAGUAUGAAAAUAGCAGAUUGCAAUUAUUUGACAACAAGGGAAAGUUCAUGAAAGUCCUUGUUGGAGCAGGUGAUGAGAAUGGUAAGGUGAGGUAUCCAGGUGGAGUAGUAGUUGAUGAGGAUGACAACAUCAUUAUAUCAAGCCGUCACAAACUACAGCUCUUCAGUAGUGAUGGAAAUUACAUUAAAAGAAUUGAUAAACCAGAAGAUGGAAUCAAAAGACCAUAUGGAUUAUCAAUUAUUUCAUAUCAUCCAAGGAGUGUAGCAGUUGUAAAUAAUGGUGACAAAACCAUAAAAAUAUUCAAUUAUUAAGAUAUUUGAUGGUCUGCUGCCCCACAUGUGUUCCUUUGCAUUUUAAAUGCGAAUCCCUUUUCUUAUAAUUGAUGUGAAUACUUACACAAAGAUACUGUAACAUACAAAUUAGUUAUAUGGAAAACUGAAUUAGUAUUUGGUGUAUGAAAAUAUUUUCGACAAGUUUUGCAAAAGAUACAAAGAGAACCUGGAAAUUCUGCAGUGAGAAAUUGAAAUCCAUGCUCUACUACAGUAUACAGUUCAUCAUUUUAAUUGUUAUAUUUUUGGCAUACUGUUUUUUUUAAAUUUUUAAGUUUAAAGUUCUAUAUUGUUUUUUGGGGAUGGGAUAAAUGUUUGAAUUGUUUAGGAAGGGAAGAAGGGUACCUGAAUAAUGUUUCUGAAAAUAAGGGGUAAAGUUUAGUUCAGUUGUAUUUGUGAGGAGGGAUUACAUUUGAAUUAUCAGGGAAGGAGGAAAGGAUUAAUUUACAUUGCUUUGAAUUAGUUGUAAGUUUAGUAUUUCAUUUCAUUUAUUUAUUCGACCAAUACACAUUUACAAAAGGUACAGUACAACAAAAAUUAUGGUCAGGGGCAGCUUAAGCAAAAUUUUACUAUAACUCAUUGAGAGUCAGCUGUCCUUGUAAUGUUUUAGAUGCACCUUUGUUUUUUUCAAAGUGUGCCACUGAAGUAAAUGUGUAAGUCCAAAUAAAUAAAUAUUAUUAUUAUGGUCUGCUGCCCUCAAUAAAAAAAUCAAUGAAUUAGAAGGAUAUUUGAAGUUAAAAUAUAAGAAAAUGGGAGAAUGGAUGAAGCUAUUAAAACAAAUUUCAAUUGGGUCCAUAAAAAAGAAAAAACAAUUUAAAAAAAUUGAUAUUUGAUUUUGUCGUCAACAUUAUUGCAAUACUAUGGUUGCCUGGUUUAGUAUUUUGGAAUGAAAAAAUGCCAUCUACAACACUUACAAAUCAUUUUAAGAAGGUAUGCAAAUUGUUGGUGUAAUUCAGCAUGUGUAUUUAAAAAAAAAAAAAAGCAAUAAAUACAAAAGUAAAUACAGAGCCUUGACAUUAUGCCAUGAUCCUGCAAAGACACCAAAAAUCAUAAAUUAAAACAAUGUAGUCCAAUUUGUGGUUUAUAAAUAAUAGAAAAAAAAAAUAUUUUAAAUGGUAGCCAAUGAAAUAUAAGGCUAUAAUCCAAUUAUUAAAAAAAAAUGGUUUACUAUUUAAAAAUAAUUGGAUUAUACAGUUACAAAACCAGAUUAAAACUUUUUGAUCAUAAAAGGCUAUAAUUUUUAAAAUUCACAAGUACAGAGUGUAUAUAGGAGAGUAUAUUAUUUUUUAAGAAGCAACUGAUCCACUAAUGAUGCGGCAUCCAAAUUACAUUGUAAUAAGUAAUAAGUUACGGAAUUCCUUAGCCUAGCCAAGAUAUGGGAAAUCCUCAGAUUCUGAAAACAGUCUUCAAUCGAUAGAUGCCUCAAAUCAUUAUAUUUAGGCUGGAAUAGUGAAGCAUGUAUUUUUAGGCUGCGAAAGAACACUGUAUGAAUUUUCCUUUGUAUACCCAGCUAGACAAACAUCACAAUAAUGAUCGUAUGAUCAAUGGCUGGUUUUUUUACAAAGUGGUACAUUGUAGUUGGUUUUAGUGCUCUGCAUGACAACUUGCAUUAGCCGUCAUCCUGACUAGUUUAAAACGCUUUCAGCAAUGCAAAUUGCGUUAAAUCUAAUAAUUAAUACUAGUUUAUUA